CCCGAAAUGCACUAGUAUUUAGGACAUACCAGGCGGGGAAUAAGAAAAGUGGUGUCAUGUGAGAGUGUACCCUCCGAUAAUUGUCAAGUUUACGAAUCUAGAAGCAGAAGAGCAGGUUUGGUAAACACGACAGGCUGCAGCAGAGCAGUUUGGGGUUCAUGUGGAAGAGCUUGUUUCCGAGUCCGAGGAUGUUCCGGUGAAGACGGGACCGCGGGUUCGGCCCUCACGCGGGCGUCAGAAGCUAACCGUUAGCUGUGAUGUUUUCACAAGCCACUCGAGUCCAAAUAGUCAGUUGCUGUUGACUGUGUGCCCUUUAAAAGAAAAUGUCUGGAUUUAACUUUGGCUCGGGGACUCUUGGGUCCACCAACACGGGUGGAGGAUUCACGUUUGGGGCCGCAACCAGUGCUCCUGCGGCCGGUACUGGUGGUUUUUCUUUUGGGACAGCUUUGGGUACAGCAGGUGCAACCCCUGCUCCCACCACCAGCACUCCAUCUCUUGGCCUAGGAGGCAGUCUUUUUGCUCAGAAACCUGCUGGUGGAUUCUCCUUCAAUACACCUGCCUCAAGUGCUGCUGCGCCCACUACAGGCCUUACAUUAGGUGCCCCAGCUAGUACAGCUGCCACCACAGGCUUUAGCUUAGCCUUCAACAAGCCUACUGUCUCAGCUGCGCCGUUCUCCCUCACCGCUACUACCACCUCUUCGACAGCCCCCGCUGGGACAGGCUUAACGUUUAGCUCUGUCCUGACCUCCACAGCUCCACAACAGCCAGCAGGCGCUGGCUUUACCCUUGGUCUCAGUGGCACGACGACCACCACAGCAUCCUCCACAGGUUCAUCACUGGGAGGAAGUCUCUUCUCCAGCACUGGGUCUACAGGUUUGGGUCAGACCACUCUUGGAGCAGGAGGCGGGUUAUCGUUCAGUUCUCUGCUGGCAACCUCCGCAGCAUCAUCAGCAGCUCCUGCUCCAAGUAUUGGCCUGGGUGGAGUCGACUUCAGCACUUCCUCUGAGAAUAAGAGUGAUGCAUCAUCUGGCGCUAAUGCACAGGACAGUAAAGCUCUAAAAGAUGAGAACUUGCCCCCAGUUAUUUGUCAGGAUGUUGAAAAUUUUCAAAAAUUUGUGAAAGAGCAGAAACAAGUUCAGGAGGACAUAAGCAGGAUGUCAUCAAAGGCCAUUUCUAAAGUCCAAGAUGAUAUCAAGAGCCUCAAACAGCUUCUGUCUGUCAGUGCAAGCGGCCUGCAGCGCCAGGCUUUGGCCAUCGACAAACUGAAACUGGAGACAGCGCAGGAGCUGAAAAAUGCUGACAUAGCACUUCGUACACAAAAGACCCCUCCUGGACUUCAACAUGAGAAUACAGCUCCGUCAGAUUAUUUCCGUAGCUUGGUAGAGCAGUUCGAGGUGCAGCUGCAGCAGUACCGGCAGCAGAUAGAAGAGCUGGAGAACCACCUGACAACCCAGAGCAGCGGCUCCCACAUCACACCUCAGGAUCUGACCAUGGCCAUGCAGAAGUUGUACCAAACAUUUGUUGCACAGGCUGCCCAGCUCCAGUCUGUCCACGAGAAUGUCAAGAUUUUGAAGCAUCAGUACCUCUCCUACCGCAGAGCCUUCCUGGAAGACUCUACGGACGUCUUCGAGUCUAAACGAGCGUCUAACAGGAAAUGGCAGAGCACGCCACGAGUCACUACUGGGCCUGCACCGUUCUCCAGUGUGCCCAAUGCUGCAGCUGUGGCCAUGGCAGCCACUUUGACCCAGCAACAGCAGCCAACUCCAGGGACCCAGGCACCUUUGGGGGCAGGGUUUGGAAACCCCUUUGCCUCGGCAUUGGGCACUAGCUUGGGCUCUUCUACCCUGGGAGGUUUUGGUGGUGGGCCAGGAUUUGGUGGGGUGGGGACUGGGGGGUCUUCUUUUGCCUUCUCUUCCACCAGUAAGCCCACAGGAGGCAGUCUGAGUGCAGGUUUUGGUAGCACCAACAGUUCAGGCUUCAACUUCAGCAACCCUGGCAUCAACCCCUCGGUCGGCCUGACGUUUGGCGUGUCUAACCCACCUGCUGGAGGCUUUGGCACAGGAACACCCCUACUCCAGCUGAAGAAGCCACCAGCUGGUAACAAAAGGGGCAAGAGAUAGAAACAGGAAACGAUAGAACCGUGUGUCUGAGCAGCUGACCAGCUUUGGGUUUGUAGCAAGUACGGCCCGAUCUCCCAAAAGCAUAAAAGACAGUGCUAAAACGAUCAUUAUCCAGUUACUACUGAGGAAAUGUAAAUUUGAGGAACAUGUCAGGGAAGUGACGGGCUUUAAAGCAACACUGGAGUGUCCAUUUGAAUCAUCUGGAGCCAUUUGCCCGUGAUACACGCAAAAAUUCGAGCGGUAUCAUUUGUCAUGCUCUAUUCUGAAUGGUCCAGUGUUCUACAUGCAUUUGAUUCCUUUUGAAUUUCCCCACAUUCACAUUUUCCUGUUGGAUCCAGCUCAGCAGAGAUUAGACUACAUGGGUGACUCUUUUUUUAGCAGUGAUUAGUGUUGCUCUUGGUAAGGAAGGUGGACCCAAAUCUGUGCAGAAGACAGUAGCAUGUAAAGACAGAAUAAAAUAGAGUUUAUAUAAAUUUAAGCAUGGAUUGGCUCAUUUGCAUUGCUUCAGAAUGUUUUCUGUUCACUAUGGUCUGUGGUGCUACAAUGCUUUUGGGAAUGCCGGAUCAUUUACAAAUUGCUCAGUUACCUGUGAGGAAUUGCUUAAGCCAGAAUAUUUUACAAGACAGACAUGUUUUUUUUUUUUUUGUUUUUUUUUUACACUUUAAAACUGAUAGUCUGGUUCUGUUGUGCUCCACAAACUGUCAAUAACAGAAAUGCACUUGAGCGCUUCCCAAAUUGUCACGUGGCCCAAGGUUCGUCCAGGAAAGGCUAAGAUGAGGUAAAGGGAAAGAAGCUUACGGGGUAAUAUUUGGUUGGGAAUAGCAGAGUUCCUGUCGGAAAGUAUCAAAGGAGUGAAUAAUCUGAUCCUAGAUAGUUUUAUAGGCACAGGAGUGUCCAGGGUGGGUUUUUUGGAGCAGCACAGUUUUAUUUUUAUAUCAAGUAGAGAAAGACGUGAGAUUUGAGUGGGGGGAAACGGGGUCUCGAACUUUGAGCUCACAUAACCUGUGUUGUUUUUUGCUACUGUCCAUCCUCAUUUAUUAAUUAAUUUUAGAAACCCCACCCCCCCUGUGUACUAUUGCAAGAAUGUGAGAGAAGAAAUGCUGUGCUCUUUGUAUUACAUGACCCUCAUUAGAAGUUAAAUUGGUUGAAUCUGAAAGGGAUUUCAUAUGCAUAUUGUACCUGCUCAGUUUCUACAUGUGCUAGAACAAUUUUGCACUUUUCAGUGUAUGUGACCUGACAGUGAAUAGUGUGAAUGUGCAUGUGUUUGUCGCACAAGUAUGAAAUUGUCUCUCUGGUCUAAUCAUAUGUUUUUGUUUUGAGUAUUGGGGCUGGUCGGGGGUUGAAUAUUCUGCUUUUUUAAAACUGUCCAUGUUGUACUAUUAUUUUCUUAUCCCAGUCUGUGGAAUCCUGUAUUUUCUAGAAGCUGUUUAAUAAUAAAAUCUUCAAUAUGA